AAUUCAAGUCGGUUGAUGGCGUCAUCCAGCGACACGUCAGCCAUACGGAAGGCGAAUUUUGUACAAACCAACCUGUCAGAUAUUUUGUGACUCGAGAAACGUGGUCUUUCCGAAAUGGGUGGCUUCUUCUCUAGUCUCUUUUCUGGCCUAUUUGGCACCAGGGAGAUGAGAAUUUUGAUCCUGGGUUUGGACGGUGCAGGAAAAACAACCAUUCUGUACAGGCUACAGGUUGGAGAAGUGGUCACCACAAUUCCCACCAUUGGUUUUAACGUGGAGACAGUUACAUAUAAGAACCUGAAGUUCCAGGUGUGGGAUCUGGGAGGUCAGACAAGCAUCAGACCCUACUGGCGGUGUUAUUACUCCAACACAGAUGCAGUCAUCUAUGUUGUUGACAGCAGUGACCGGGACAGAAUGGGCAUAUCAAAAUCUGAACUGGUAGCCAUGUUGGAGGAAGAAGAGUUGAAGAAGGCGAUCCUCGUGGUGUUUGCCAACAAACAGGACAUGGAACAGGCAAUGACGCCAACUGAAGUUGCCAAUGCUCUGGGUCUUCCUGCCCUUAAAGACAGAAAAUGGCAGAUCUUUAAGACCUCAGCGACAAAGGGAACAGGCCUGGAUGAGGCUAUGGAGUGGUUGGUGGAUUCUCUGAAGACUCGGCAGUAAAGGCUGCCACCCAUCUGUAUAUACUCCUGGCCCCUCUGUAUGAAGCCUUGUGACUGACCCAUUCCCAUUGCCCACUUUCCUUUGGACCAGUUAUUGCACUCCUCUUCUGUCCUCAUCUUAUACCCACCUGAAGCCUUGGCUAAGUCCUCCCUAUGCCCAUCGCCUUUUAAACCUGGGACUGAGAAACAAAUACUGCAGUAACAUCUGAACCAAAAACACAUGAAGAUUUUGGAGAACUAAGACUGCAGCGAUGGACAAGCAGCAGUUCGUUUGUAAAAUAAUCCAAGUGCCAGUUGACACCUGUGAACAAAAGUUGCUGCAUCCUGCUAAUUCUGUGAAUCCAUCAUUUAAAGAAAUUCUGCUGUAUUAAGACAAAUCAAUGAGUCUGCUGCAUGAUAGUCAUCAGGCCAACUCUUGAGUACAUGCACCAAUUAGUCUCAUGUCUCCAGACAAGAUUUAGAUAUUUUCAUGCAAAGAAAGGUUGUACUGUCUGUGAAUAAUUGCAGCCAAAAUCCACCAGGAGGCAGCAUUUAGCCAUGCAGGCACAAACAAGUUGGCACGAGUUUGGGCUCUGCUCCUGAGCUGACAUGUCUACAUGUUUUAAUUCUCUGAUUUGUCAUAAAUCAUUAGUUAGUUUAUAGGCAGUGUUAUGAAAUUAGAUCUUGAAUUGAUGAUACUUAUUUUAUAAAUGAUGCUCUCAUUUCCAUCAACAAAAUGCAAAGUAAAAAGAUUUACUGGUAGGCUUUUUACCGUCUCUGCCUCUACUGUCCUCUAGCCAAGUGUUACUGCAGCCUGGGCUGUUUGUUCUGUAUCUAUUCUAACUUGACCUUUUUUUUUCUUCUUCUUCUUGAUUUAUUUUAAUAAUUUGGUGGUUAAUUUUUUUUCUUUUCAAUGAAAUCCUUGAGUGCAGCUUUGGCAUAUUAGUGAAUAUGUUACUGAACACUACCUGUAUGCUCAAAGUUUUAUGGUUGCAUAUUUAUAUUUGCUUGUACAGUGAAAUUGAUUCUCAGUAAAGAAUUCAAUAGGU